AUGAGCAUCCCCUUGGGACAAGUUUUGGAUUAUAACCCAAGCUGCGUCAGCGAGUUUCCCUCGGUAGACGAGAUCAUCCUGAACCCUCACGCUCGCGGCUUCAAGUUUGACAUCCCGUUCCUCGUUCUUGGAAUCUUUCGUGAUCGCACAUGGCCAGGGAAUCGACCGUCCCUUGUUUACGUCACGGAUCUCACUACCCACGAUAACCUUUUGGAUGUCAACCAUGUUUUCCUGUUGGGCAAGACCCCUGGCUUGCCAGACAACCAGAUCGUGACCUUGUCGCUAACAUCCUCCCGGACCACGACGUUGUUGAAAGAACUCAAGCGCCAGCGAGGCAUGGAGCCUGACAUCUAUGAUGCUUCAUCCAUGGAUAUUUCCGAGCACUGUGUGCUUAUCAGCGCUGUGGGCUUCCUCAAGGUCUACUCACACCGGAUCGAAGCGUAUGGACUAGAAAUGAGAUUAAUGCCAACUUAUCCCGAUCUUAAAGAAUCUGAGUUUGUGCUGCUAGAACCAUUGUUUACAAGGUUGCAAAAGGUUGCAUCUACUGUGUGGAUAAGAAGACAUAUGGUAAAUACGUCUGAAAGCACAAGGGCCGGAAGGUCACGCCCCGCCCCAUCACUAGAGGGUUUGAACAAGCGUGUGAGACGGAACGUUGAGGAGGAAUUGAGACUGGAAAUUCCCGGUGCGAAACCUACCUCUGAAAAUGAUAAGUUGGCCGGCUUUCCCCAAACAUCACAUCUGCCAAGCUCUUAUAUAACCAUCCGCCCUGCCGGACAGCUACCAUCAGGCGUGCCAGCCUCGUCCAAGCAGAUCCAUUUAGCAGAACUGUCGCAGGCCGACCUGCUGAAAUUGCAUACAACUAUCCACCAUGGUGACUGCGUGUCUAAAUCCUCCACUACAGCCCAUCCUGCCGGCUUCCCGCUGCACCACCUGCCACAGAUACACACAACGAAUAGCAGUCCGGAUGACCAUCCACAAGUAGCGUACAUUUCACGUCAAACACCAGAGAUAGUUAUGGCGCCACCGCAGUCCCGUCAACGUAAAAUGAUUCAGGAGGUCAGUUUCAGUGAUUUGGCCAAUUAUGCCACGAAAAGACAUGUUGGCGAUGUUUUCCGGGUAGCAGUUCGAUUGGUAGGGGUGCAACCCGAUGGAAACCUCAUUGUCAAGCCGUACAAACGCACUUGUAAGUUGCUUCCUGUUAGACUUGUGUUUGCCAAUCCUAGUGUUACAACAGGGCGUGUUGCGUCUCCCGACGAGUUCUCAGCAGAGGUGGUGGACGUGCCGCGGUUCUUGGGCUUCGAAGAGGUGGAAGAGGUCUUGGCAGGGUAUCCGUUGGUGGAUGUUAAGAUGGCAAAUGUGAGAGAAAGGGAUUUACUUGAAGUCAAUGUUAAGUUGUGUUAUAGCGAGAGUCUCAGGGAGUGCUACUGGACAUGUGAAUCGAAGCUUGACGAGAUUUAA